GUUAUUGUUGUCGUCUUCGUCGGCAGCGGUGUCAGCAUUGUUGUACGAAUGAUGAUUCAAAUUGCCUGCGAACAUUUAAACGAGCAUCAGUGAGCUCGAUCAAACAUCUGGUGUUUGAGUAAAUAAACUCAGUUUUUUUUUACAUUGUUACACCUCAUCGGCAUUCGAUCACAAAUUCAAUGAAAAGUGUGUUUGCUGCUCGCCGCUUUUGGAUGCCGCAAAUGUCAAUAGAGUAUGGAAUUUUUGUUUGUUUUUGAUUUGUACGUCUUUCGUGUAACCCGCUCUUCUUCUAUCCGAUACUUUUUAUUUCAUUUACAUGACUAUUUGUGGCUUCUGUAAGCUAUUUUUUUUUUCAUUGGUACAAUUCAUUUUUUCCUGCUUCAAGCCACUUAUUUGUCUUCUUCUUCUAUUUUUCGUAUGAUAUUCUUCUUCUUUUUCUCACAAGAGCUCAGAUCUUCUCCGUCUUAUUGCAAGAAGGUAGCUUGGUGCUUACUCUACAUCCAAAACGUAGCCGUUCCGAAACACUCGAAAUUAUUGCAUGAAAUGCAAAUAAUUGCCCGAAAAAAAACGCGCAUAUAAACGUAUCGAUAUCAAACAACGUACGUUUGAUAUUUCAUAUGCUCGCGCGUCGUUUGAGAAUACAGUUAUAAGUGGCGGUUAAUUGGAUUGCAGAAGCACAGUGCCCCGUAGUGAAAAUGACGCGAAAAAAAAUGAGAAAUAAUAUUGAAAAGCACACAAUUCUAUGCAUGCAUAUAGCAGAUGUCAAUAUUCACUGAAUAUUAUUCAGUCACGUGAUAUUUCUCGCCAAUCAAUUAAUUAAUAUGUGUGUAAGAAAAAAAACACACAAAAAAAAAUACUUUCCGCUAAUAGAAUUGAAAUAAAUUAGCUUCUCCGUCUUUCUUUCUUUUUUUUCUUCUGUGUUUGUGAUACCAAUUCCAGUUUCAUACCAAACUCGUAUUUGCUUGCGUUGCCCUGAUCAUUUUGGCCAAAAAAAAUUAUCAAACCAUUUGCACAGACUCAUUUCAAUUCAUUGCGUUUUUAUUUCGCUCACUCUCCCUCUCAUCAAAAUACAUUUUGGUCUAAUCAAAUAAUAAGCGCGAGCACGCCAGCUACUAAUGAAAAAUACUUUGACCUGUUCCAUGUCCUCAACAACAAAAGCUCAACUCAAUGGCCUAUUUUUCGAUGUUGUUGAGUGCAUUCACAAUAUCUAUAGAUCUAAAAGAGAGAGAUAAAGUAAUAAACGAAACAAAUCAACUAUAGAAGAUAAGAAAUUCAAGUGACAAAAUCAUUUAAUCAGCACCAUAUAUACAGUGUGUGACCCUCACAAAAUACUUUUGAAUAUGAUUAGAGAGUGAGAGAAGCGAAGUGCAGAGAACUGAAGAGAAUAAGACAGGCAAAGCGUAUAAUAAAUAUAUCUAUAUCCAGCGGUGCUCUUGCACAUACCGAGAGAGAGAGAGAGAGCCAGUGUUUCACUGUUUCAGCGUGAUUUAAUUGCAAAUGCUUUUUAAUUUAUGGCUUUUUUCGUAUGAUUGAUCAUAUGCGAGCAUUUUGAAUAAUGGCGUUCAGUUUUCAGUACAUGAUUUUGCGAUAAAUAACAAAUCGUUCAGCAUUCGUUUGCAUUGGCGAAUAUGUUGUUGUUGUUGUUGUUGAUCGUGUCUGGUUGUUUUUUCGUGUGGAUACACGCACUACAAACACACAAUCUCUCUUUCCCGCAACCAAUCGCAUUCCAUCUCACAUACGCGUAUUUUGGAUGCUGGCUGGAUAUCGAUACAACACAAAUAUACACAUUCUAAGUGAAUAUUAACGACACUCAAGAGACAACAACAACGACAACAGCGACGACGACGACGACAAAUGUAACAACAAUAACAUACAAAACGACGCAGAGAGAAACCUGUGUCGUAUUUUGCAUUUCGUUCAUGAGUUUCCGUAAGACCUAUAGACACAGUACUCCGCUCUUGUGCGGCUACAUGCAAAAAAUCAUUCGGCAAAAACGACCGAAUUAAUAAAAUGUCAAGAAGAAUGUAAUAAAAUAUAAAGAAUGAUAUGCCGAUCGUAUUUCGUAGUCAGUGGCUGUACCAAAACUGGCGAUCUACUCACACCACAAAACAGUGAUUUUAUGUCACUCUGUGACGCACAAUCACUCUCUGUAUUUUGACCGAAAUCAAACCAACAAACAAGAAGCGACGAAUAACGUAACACCACACCAAACCCAAAACAUUUCGCUGGAAAAACGUUACGUUUUAAUUAUUUCUCGCACAUAAAUAUCUCGAAGAUUUCGUCAAGCGACAAUUGCUUGCCGCAAUUUUGUUUAGGUUUUUUCUUCAUCUCAUAUUUUCUGUUCGCUGCUCCGAUUUUAAUAAUGAUAUAAACAAAUAGUAAUAUCAACACCUUCGCUGCUUAUACUCAAUCAAAAGAAUUUGAUUCAAAUCUGAGCUGCAGUACACUAUUAUAUACCCAAAAAGAAUAAGAACGGAGCGGGUGCUUCCAACCAUUUUUUGAAGUAGGCGAUCUGGAGCCAAAGUGCUAAGCUCCAAAUGUGAUGGACAACGAAUCGGGCAUCGAUAUGAACUUCGACUUCGUCGAUUUCGACUAUAGCGUAUUCGAAGAUGACUCCAACAUAGAUUCACUGCUUGACAAAGCAUGCAACGAUGUGAUGUUCUACGAGCUUAAAUCAAAAACUGUGCCCGAAGAAACUGAAACGCCCACAUUUAAAACGGCGACACCGACUUCGCGCACACAGCUGAAGCAACAGUUGCAACGGGAACAACUGCAGGAGCUUGAGCGACAGGAACUAGAGAGACGAGAAAAUGAGCGGAAAUUAUCCAUGCAGGGUCAUGGAUCCAAUACUAGUAUUGAUCAUUCAUCUCAAAUGGCUCAUUCGUCACAUUCGAGCCCGCAGCUGCAAGUGCCGCGCAAUUGCAUCGGCAUUCCGCAAUUGUACACAUCGUCACCGACGCCAUCCACCUCAACUGAAGGCAGUGAUUUUAACAGCGGACACUAUUCCAAUCAAUCACAGCCGCCAAAUGCAAACUCAAAUCCGAACUCAAACCCAAACCCAAACACACAUUUAACUCCAAAUCCAAUGCCACCGCAAACCGACCCCUCAACGGCACAGCUCAAAGUUCCUCUUCACAUCGGAGUCGAUUUACCGCCGCAAGUCUUGAAGGUUCGAACUGUCCUGGAGAAUCCCACACGGUAUCAUGUUAUACAGAAGCAAAAGAAUCAAGUGCGUCAAUACUUGAGCGAAUCAUUCCAACAAAAUGAAUGGAGUGACCAUCAGCCGAGCCAUCAGCAGAUUCAACAGUUGCAACAACAACAUCACCAAUCAAAACAAGAGCAACCCUUGCAACCGGAACAAACCUCUUUGCCUCACGAACAAACAGAUAUGUUUUCACAACAAUCGAAGCGAUUGUCGUCGAGUGAAACUGGAGUGAACUCAUUAGAUUCAGGCCAGCUAUCUGGUUAUAGAAAGGCAGCAUCAACGUCAUCGAAUAUAAACGAUUCGCCAUCAUCGCUGGGCGAAGGGAGUGGCAAUAAUUGUGGUUCGUCAUCAGUGAAAAUUCUGUCAAAUAUCAGCUUGCCGCCAUAUCGACCGUCAGUGUCGUCACAAAACUCGUCUCAAACCCAUCAAACACCGCAAGGUCCUUAUGACAAUGGCUAUGUUGCAAAUUUUUACUCAUCAUAUAAAAACAAAGGCUUCGGAUUGAAUGCGAGUCCCGAAUCGGCGAUGUCGCCGAGCAUCAGUUCGGUCGCUACAAGUGCAUCUGAGGCUGAAGAUCUGUUGGACGAUAUUCUAUCGUUUGAAUCGAGCUCGCUGGCCGACUCCUUGAAAUUGGAUGGUACAUAUGGUGGUGGUGGUAGCGCAAACGGUGGUACCAAUGGCAGCAACUCGGAUCUGAUCAUCAAACAGGAACCAUCGAACGCGACCGACGCUGAAAUGCAUGCACUCGCCAAGGAUCGACAGAAAAAGGACAACCAUAAUAUGAUCGAACGUCGAAGGCGAUUCAAUAUCAAUGAUCGGAUCAAGGAAUUGGGAACGUUGCUGCCGAAAAACAACGAUCCAUACUAUGAAGUGGUGCGUGAUGUACGGCCAAACAAAGGCACCAUUCUCAAAUCAUCGGUGGACUAUAUAAAAUGCUUGAAACAUGAAGUUACCCGUUUAAAACAAAAUGAAUUACGCCAAAAACAAAUCGAACACCAAAAUCGACGCUUGUUAUUACGAAUACAGGAAUUAGAAAUGCAAGUCAAAUCACACGGUCUAGCGAUAUCAGACUACAGUAACUGUAAUAAUAACAAUAACAAUAGUAAUACGUACAGUUCACAGCUAGUGAACUCAUUUUUAAAUAAAUCCAGUCCGACACGCCAUCAUCCACCACCACUUUUAGAAUUGUCGGGACACAUUGUCGGGAAGAUGCCAGAUGUGGUAUCCGAAGCGGCAACAUUGAGUCUAAGUCAAAUGGAGGAUCUAAUCGAAGAUGAUCAUCAUCCAGUGCAUGGUGACCCAAUGCUAUCGCAUCACUUGUUAAAUUCACCUCGUUCACCGUCAUCGCCAACCUCAUCAUUACACAGCAACGACUUAAACCUCAACAACCAUUCGAAUGCAAGUAUCGGCCACAAUGGUAUGAAUGGUAAUUGCGGCCUGAAGAACGAUUCAAAUAUCGAAAUUCAACAUUGUGAUCCAUUGCUAUCGUCGUCAAAUCCACAGAAUCAAGCGCAUCAUCCAGCGAAUAGCAUACAAAAUCAUCUGCAUCAUCAUCAUAAUCAUCAUACGCAAAUGGACAUUGGCAGUUGUAUUGCGGACUCGAUUCUCGGUUCAACGCAUAAUUUACUAGUAACAUCACCGCAUCAUUCUCAUGUAGACUCGAUACUAUCGUCACCCGACACCGAUUCGUUAGUCAGCGACAUUGAUAUGGCGAUGACGUGACAAUAAAAGUUACGGAACGCAUUUGUCCGACACACACCCCCGAUACACAUCGAUCGAUCAGCUUAAAUGUGUGUGGCCAGCAGUAUCCGCAACAGUUUAAAACACUAUUUCAAUGAUUAAUACAUUUUAAAAGAGAGACGGAGAGAACAUAAUAUACAAACCAUUUUUAUUUUUUUUUUUUGCAAUAAAGUUACGAGAUACCGAAAUUAAGCCUCACUCCUUAACUAAAACCAUUUAUGAUGUGGUCACAAAAACAAAAUGAUAAACGUUGCACACAUAUCAUGUAUCUAUAUUUUUUUUUAAUUUGAGUUCAAAAGAAUGAAAAAGAAAAUUAAACUUUUAUUUAGACAGAAACAACUCAAAAUUGCUCAACCAGACAAACCGGCACUUUUGAGAUGCGUUCUCUUUACAUGGGCACAAAAAUGAAAAUACACCGUACCAGAGCUGAUAGCAGGGAUUUAAGCUUAUCGAAUCCAUUCCUACGUUUGAAUUGGAAUUUUUCCUAUUCUUUUAUUCUUUCUGUUUUUGUUUUGUUUAAAUUUGAAUAAUGCACAUCGAGCUUUUGAUUCGUAGUUUCCUUUUUGCCAGAAAAGAAAAAGAAAAAAUUGAUUAAAAUCACCAGAGACAAAUUGUGUGAUCUUUUGGUGCCAUCAUUUUUUUUCCUCUCUGUGUACUUGUCGAUGAACUAUAUAACGAAUGUACUUCAGUUAGAAAACACACACACACACACACUUCAUUUAAUCUCAGUACGAGCUACGCACCGAUAUUUUCAACGCGGCUAAUUUUCUUUGAUUCGAUAUCGAUUUUAAUAAUUGUAAAUUAAACUAUUGAAGAAAGCGAAGAAAUUGCUCAUUUCGAUUUGCUCUUAGGCAAGAAAAAAAGCUUCACAAACGAUCACAUUUUAUUUAGCUGCCAGCUCUGGAUCAUCUAUCAAACUAAAUUAUUAUAUCCAACGAUCAAUUGUAAAUCACUUCGAUUGUAGAACAAAAGAGACAAAAGCAACAAACAAUGAAUAGCAAUCAUUUACACUCACUUAGAAAUAGACAUUGAACUUUUUUUUUCAAAUUGGAACACAUUUAAAUUUUUGAAGGCGGAAUAGUUAUUUUGCUCGAAAUCUGUUUUCUUCUUUGUUUCUUUGUUGUAGUCGUCGUCAAAUUUGGUUCUGUUUUUCUUUCUGCUAGAAAAAUGUUGCAAACAAGAAAAUAUUCAUUCUUCAGAAGUGCAUCCAUGGCCACAAGUGAUUUGCACAAAUUGUAAUUUAUCAUGGAAAAACAAUUAAGACGUUUGCUUUGAAGCGGAUUUUUUGUUGUUGAUUGUAAUCUUUGAAAAAUGAUGUAUUUUUUUUCUUUUUUCGUACAAAACUAAGUUUUAUUAUUGAAAAAAAUUUCUUCGACGACAUUAUACUUGAAAACCUGUAAACUAUAGUUAAAACAUAUAUGUUUUUUUUUUAAAUUAUGUAAAUUAUACUGAAAGCGACAAUCCUUGCAAAAACUUGAAAUGUCGAGAAAAAUUGAAAUGUCGUCAUUGAUAUAAUGACGCAAAAAUUGUUUUCUACGUAAUAGUUGCACGUUUAAUUUUUUUUUUUGCAAAAAUAAUUGAUGUGUGAAAAUAAAGAGAAUAUUCUAGGCAAAUUGGAGAAAAAAAAUUUACCCAUAAAAAUAAGGAAAAUUAGUGGUAAGCAACGAAUUUCUAAUUUUCCCGAUCACAUUUUCUUGUGAUUUCCCGCGAAUUUAUGUUGAACAAAAAAAAACGUGGCCAUUGGGUGUAUAACAUUCCAAUUUCAAAAUAUGCUUCCAGAAUCUAUUUAUUCAAAGAACGUUUGAUGAAUGUGUGUGUUUUUUUCUUCUAAUUUUUAUUUUCGGGUUGCGAGUCAAUCAAUUUCGACAACUCAUCAUCAAAUUUGUUCGCAAAGAUUGUUACGACGAUAGAGAGAAAAAAAAAUUAACGAAAAGGAAGGAAAAUGUAUACCAAGCAUUGUGCAGUGUUCGCUAGGUUCGAACACAUUCAAUUUGAAUGUAGUACGGUAACAUCUCAAGUUAGGUAGAUUUUAAGGCAUUUUUGAAUAAGGGAUGAUGAGACAUUGCGAAGCUGAACACCACUGAACACCAUUUCAGUGUUGAGUUUAAUCAUUCAUCGAUGGCGAUGAUGAUUUGUGGGUGAAUUGUGCAAGAUUAAAUAAUCUAAAAUUGAGAAAAAAUUUGUCAGCACAUUUAAUUUCGAGCAGCAGAAAUUUUUGUAGUCAAAUCAUCAAGGUGACAUUGCUGCCGAUACUUUUCUAGGACCAAUUCGAAAAAAAAGAAAAUAAAAUUAAUCAAUUUCCUGAAUUUUCACCGACAAAACAUCCUAUCGCCUCCAUAAACCGUCGUCAGUCAACAAAAGCAAUUACUUAAGUAAAAAGAAAAAUAUCAAAUUAAUACGUGAACAAAACGUUGCGCUAAUCGUUCGCCCUCAAAACUUUCGACGCAAGCGAUCAGAGCGCAAGCGAACGAAUGAGCGCCAUUCAAAUGUAGAGACAUGUACAAUUAGGUAAUAAAUAUCGUUAUCUGAGUAGAAUAUAUCUUUAAAAGCAAUAUGUUAAGGUGCAAAUAACAAAUACACACAAAACACGCAAACAAAGUAUUACGUUAACAUGUAGAGAAAAGUUCUUUUUUUCUUCUUUCUAAAUAGAUAAAUAAUAUAAUGAAGCAAACUAUUAUUUUUGUGAAAUCGACAAUCAGAUGUAUCAUACAAUUAUAGAAUAAAUAGUAUACAAAACGAUCAAGCUCAAAUAAA